AACUCGGUUACCGACAACGAUGAAACAUACGGCGGCGCUUGAGUGGCUUACUAUUCGGUUUUAGUUGGACUCGUUGGUUGGUGUUCUUCUUCGCACGUUCAUUUCCUGAUCGCGUCGCGUACACCUUUGACGCGCUCGCUUCACUCGCCAAACGACCAACGCUCCACACCAAACGCACUCGUACAUACUUACGUAUUUCAUAUUUUCUCGAAGUAAAUUUUUUUUUUUGGUGUGAAUUUCGUAAAUUUCACAUUGACAUUCCACAAUCGCCUGCGAUAUGUGCAACGUUUGCAAGCCGUCGUGUUUAAGAAAAAAUAAUAAUAAAUAAUUAAUUUCAACAACAAUUUGCAUAAUUUGCAUGAAUGCCUGCGAAAGUAAAGAAAGUGAGUUAUCUGUUUGUUGAAAGAGCUGGAAAAAAAAUCUUAAGAAAAUAUUUAUACAAAGCAAAUGCAAUGAAUUGUGCAAAGUGACAAAGUAAACGCAGGAAGUCGAAUGGGAAUUUUUUUAUGGCGUUGUGCUUUUGCGUGGGCGCGCACGGGAAGGCAGACACAGAGCCGUCGCUAAACAGCAUCCAAGAAUGAGAGUAAAUAUUUGUCGAUCAAAAUAAUACUUUGGCGCGUUUAUGGCAUUCUUAUGGAAAAUUAUUGAAAUUGAAAUAUUUACUAAUUAUGUUGACAGCCACAACGCGAGACACGAUUAAACGAAAACCCGACGCGCUAAACAGUUAUAAUCGUAUGUAAAUUAGUGUUUUCCCAACAAUAAAUGUGUGCCUUACAGUAGUGCCUUAUAUCGACAGUGGGUUGUGCAUGUGAAUUAAAUUUUUUGACAUAACAACGUUAAGUGAUCUGAAAAAUGUUUAGAUUUUUUAAAUAAAUAAAAGUAUUUAUAAAUGAUCAAGUGCCUUUCGCAUAUGCGUUUUGAUAAAAAAAAAUUUAUAAUUGUACAAAAAUAAAAUAAGUCAAAGUGAAGACUUCGGUGUUAAUAUACUUGAAAAUUUAAAUAAAAAUAAUUAAAAAAUAAAAUAAAUAUUACUGAUAAAUUUAUCAAAGUGGCAGCUUGCUGCUGCGUCGCUCAAAAAGCAAACGUAUACAGUGUUUAUAGAAAAGUGUUUUAAAUGCAUACGGAUAUUAUAAUUGGCGAUCAGUUUGUGCCAUCAACAAAUUAUUGGGUAAUGCAGUCCCCCGAAUUUGACUAUCGGCAUGAGCUGAUGGGUCGUUUGCAUAAAAUCGAGCCAGAUGUUGAACUUGAAGUAUUAUCCGCUGCGCCGCAUCAUCAUCAUCACCACCAUCACCUGCACCAUCAUCAGCAUCAUCACCAGCAUUUGCAUCAGCAUCCGCAACAACAUCAAGUGUAUUCACCGCAAAGUAAUCACAGUGGCAGUAAUACGCUUGAUCAUUGGCAACAACAACAAUUACAACAACACAAUAGCAGUAGUAGUAGCAAUCAUGAGCACUCUGGCUAUGUGCAACAUUCAUCGGCCUCUGCCACAGUUGUGGUGUCAGCGUCGACCACAGUUGCUGCAUUGCCACAACCAUCAACCGCAUCCACAACGGGCGGCACCGGACAAACUGCCACCUCAUCAGCGUCAGCAUCUGCCACUGCUAGUGAUAUACCCGCCGACACCUCGACCUCACCGCACGCUUAUGGGGCGUACGAUAAUGGUGCAGCUGUGGCGUAUGAAAUAGCGGCGGCAUAUGGUGCAACCGCUGGUGCGGCAGCGUCGGCGGUGACGGUGGCCGAUAAGGAAUAUUUAUUCGAUACCAAAAACAAAGAGGCUCUGUGCAACCCCUACGCUGACCUCGACGAUCCCUACCAGCGUCCGCCGCUGUGGGAGGACAUCGCCAGCUCAAUACAGAAUAUUGAUCCCGAGAAUGCGCUCAUGCUAGGCAACAGCUCAAGUUCCACGGUGGCAGCGGUAACCGGCAGCAACGCGUCGCAUUUAGCACUUAUUGGCAGCGGUACGAGUGUAGAGAAUGUCAACACACUCUUGCCGCAAGUGAAAAUGGAGGCAAUCGAUGAUACACUGUUGGAGACAUUGUCCACCCCUUUGCUCAGUCCCAUGGAGAUCAAGACGGAGAAACCAACGCUACAACAACAUACACACCUGCACGCACAACAACAACAACAGCAACAACAUUAUGCGCAUUAUCAACUGCCCGCACAACAUCAGCCACCACACCAUACGCAUCACUCGCAGCAGCAACAACAACAACAACACCUCUACCAACAUCAUCCGAGUUUAGGUGGCAGUGCGGGUUGCACUGACGGUGAUGAUACACUAACGCUCAUGCAACUGCAUCAACAGCACCAGCAUCAGCACCAACAACACCAACAGCAGCAGCAGCAACAACAUCAUCAUCACCAGCAACAACAUAUCAGCGCCUCAUUGAAUAACAGUAAUAGCAAUAGUCCAAAUCAACCAAAUCGUUGCAGCAGCACCGCAAGCAGUCACAAUGCUGAGCUGAGUGGGAACACAGCGAGUACAGGUGGCGGCGGCGGCGGCAACAACAACAACAACAGCGCCUUAAAUGGCAGUGAUAAUAAUAAUAGCAAUAUAUCCUAUCAACAAUAUGCAUCUCAACCACAUUUAAGUAGCAAUAACAACUAUCUCAAUGGCAGCGGUGGCGUCAAUGGUGGCGGUGCUGGUGGUGGUGGUGUUGGCGGUUGUCAAAGCGCGCUCGUGGCCUCCUCCUCGGCGAAUGUGACGAUCAGCACGUCCGUUACGCUGACCAACUUAACGGCGGCUUCAACGCUGGAUGGCAACGCGAGCAAUAAUAACAAUAAUAAUGCAACAAUGAACAACAACCUGAAUGCGAGCUACGGCUACAGUUGGCACAGCAAUCAGUCGUACCACCCCAAAUACCAAAUACCGCCACCACCGCUAACGAACUCGGCGCUGCACCAGCAACAACAGCAACACCACCAGCCAACACAAUCAAAUCCGCAACUUUGCCCACCUGCUGCCCCAACCGGCGGCAAUUCAAUGUCAGCGCGACAUAUAUUUGUGCCGCCAUUAACGCCACCCAGCUCCGAUCCCGGAAGUCCGGGUAGUUCAAUGGUAGCGGCAGCAGCAGCGGCGGCGGCGGCAGCAGCUGCAGCCACGAGUGGCAAUACACAACAACAACAGCAGUCAGCGCGACGCACGACACCACCGCCUCCUUACCAACAGCAGCAACAACAACUGCUACAACAACAACAGCAACAGCAACACCUUCACCAUCAACAGGGUCGUCCACUUUCAAGUAUUUGCCCGAACAUUUUAACCUUACACCCGAGCACAAAUGGCACAACGUCAGCAAUGACACCACUACACUCCACCAACAACAACUCCUCACCCGGCGGCAGUUCCAUGCACCACCUAAGUCCGGGCCGCACGUUGACAACACUCGGCGUGAAUGGCGUUAGCGCUGGCAUGGAUAUUGGCCACGGACUGCAUGGCAUGGGUGGUGGCAGUGUUGGCGCUGGCGGUGUGUUGGGUGUCAGUCGUGGGCGUGGUCGUGCCGCUGGCUCAAAUGGUUCGGCGCAUCUGGCCAAUUUGAUUGUGCCAACGAUACGUACGAUACGUUACAAUCGGCGCAACAAUCCGGAAUUGGAGAAGCGGCGCAUACAUCAUUGUGAUUUUGAGGGCUGUACCAAGGUCUAUACGAAGAGCUCACACCUGAAGGCGCACCAGCGUAUACACACUGGCGAGAAGCCCUAUACCUGCCAAUGGCCUGAGUGUGAAUGGCGUUUUGCGCGCUCCGAUGAACUGACGCGUCACUAUCGCAAACACACCGGCGCCAAACCAUUCAAAUGUGUUGUCUGCGAGCGAAGUUUUGCGCGUUCCGAUCAUCUGGCCCUGCAUAUGAAGCGACAUUUGCCCAAAAAUAAGUAGAGGAAGCGGAAGCUAAGAAAACUAAGCAACACCAGUGGAAGCUGACAGACAAAAUAAUAAAAAAAUUAAACAAAAUAAAAAACACAACAGCAAGCAACUAUUAGCAUUUAAGUAAUAAGAAAAAAAUAUUCAAUAUAACUCAUACAGAGUUGGGCGAAUUCAAAACAAAUCCAAAGGACUUUAGUUAAUACGAUUAUUGCAAAAAAUUAAGAUAAAAAAAUAAAAAUAAAUAAGUUAAAAAAUAUUAUAAAAUUGAAUUGACGAAUUCAAACAACUUAAACCAACACCGCCGCCAAUGCCUCAAUUGAACCGUAAUUAUUAAAAAGAAUUAUAAAAAAAAUAAAUUAAAAUAAUUAAAUUCAAACAAACAAAUUCUAAGCAACCGCAAGCCUUAUCAGUUUUAAGUUGUUAAUACAUAGAAAAUUCUGUAAUUAUGUUAGACAUAUGUAUGUAAGCAGUUUAUUUACAUAUACAAAUAUGUAAAUCUGUAUGUAAUUAAAAAUUAAAAAUUUAUUUUUUAAAUUUAAAUUUAUUUAGUAAAAUUCGACGAAUUGGGCAUAUAAGUAUGCCUUUGUACCUACGAAACCAGUGAAUAAUUGUUAUUUGUUUUUGUAUGAGUUUUUAAGUUCUCCUGAAAUGUGUAUUACUUUUGCCAUAAUGUAAAGCGUAAUUUCAUUAAAAUAAACAAACCUUAAUUCGUAUUUCCUUAAACUAGUACUUAAACACUACUUUUGCGAUAGUUACUAAAUAAAUGGAAGAUCUGUGAACCGACUCCGAGAUGUUAGCGAGCACAAAAGUCCUUACAGUAUACUUAAUUAAUAUUAUACUUCGCUGUAAUUAACAGAAAAAGAUUACUUUAAUUAAGCAAAGUCAAGUACUUUCCUUUCAAAUACUUUUAGCAACUAAAUAUACCUACAAAGCUGGUUACUAACCUUAAUGAGAAUACUUUAAAUGUAACCAACUGCUCCGAUAUCCUAUCAACUAAGCUGAAAUACUGAAAUACUUGUGUAUACGUUCCAUUCUUUAGUUUAUAACGGUGAAUAUGUAAUGUAAUCUGUAAGUCUCUACUACUUAUGUCUGUACUUAAAAGCAUACAAUUAAACUCUAAUGAAUAUAUGUAUAAUUUGUAAAGAGAGCGCAUUGUAAUCUAUUCUUCUAGCUGUAAAUUACAACAAUUAAUGCUAAUGUAAAGCAUUCACUUAUGUUAAUCAUUGUUCAUAAAAUCUAAUGUACAAGUUGGUAUGCAUAUGUAUUAAAGAAAAUCUUAAGGACCGGAAAGUAUUGUAAGCGCUUGACAGCUCUAAAUUAAUAUGUAAAUGCAUGAUAUGCAGAUAUAGAGUACUUAUGUCUGCUAAAAUGCCAUCUAUUGACGUUGUCAACAGUUGCAGCGCCGUCUACAGCAUCUGCAUAUCAUUGCAUGUCAUUGGUUUAGAGUCUGUAACUAAGCGAAGUUACUGUUCGUUCUAUAUGCAUAUGCAUUAGUGUACUUAAUUGUAGUUGCGCAAACAAUACUUUAAGCUGGUUAGUGCGCAUUUUAAGCGCCACAAAUUAUUAGUAUGAAUAAACCACCAAAGUGCUGGCACAAACAUUUUUCGAAAAUAAUAAAACCAAAUUGUUGU